UUCCCCGCGCCGUCCACACUCGAAGUCCAGGGUCCCGGCCCCCAGGCCUGCCUUGUGGGAAUUCUAGGGCCCCGCGCCCAGCUGCUGCUUCCCAGACCACCCAGGCAACCUCAACCGAGACCAUGAACGGGAAACCCCGAGUGGAAGAGGGUUUGUCCUCCCGGCCUCCUGCAGAGGCCGCGGCAGUCGGGUCCAGGAACCACAGCCCCUGCGCCGCCGCAGACCCGAAGCCUUUUCCGCCGUCGGGGGCCCCUCUUCGCGCCAACCCGCCCCGCCCGGGCGGCCCGGCCGGUGCAUUCAAGAUAAGUCCUGGCGAAGACCCGGGAAUUUCGCUGGAUUUACUGGAGAUUGGACCAUCAUUUCUCCAGACUCAGAACUCUGGAGAAGGGGGCGCCCAGCCCCUCCUUGGUCGGACCCAGGGGUCCAGGCCCUGCACCCUUACGGGCUCCAACAAAUUAACCAACCCUUCUUCCCUCUGUCUAACUGUCCCCUCCAGAGCCGGGCUCUGCUGCCAACUCCAACGACAGACUCUCACCCGCCCUCCCCCAGGCUAUUUUGAGAGCACCUGUUCUGGCCUCAGCUCUCAGAUCGCUUCUCUGGUGAAAGAAACAACAGGAUUGCAUCAGGGAGGAGGAGGCUGGCGAGGCUGGGGUCUGAGCAUCUGAACAGGGGUUGAUGAGGUUGAGAUUGGCCCAUUGCCAGGUGGGAGGCUUCCAAGACAGGACACUUGUGUCCCUGCUGAGGACGCUUCGUUCAUGUAGCAGUUGCUGUUUCCCUGAAAAUCAAUGAAUCCCGGUGUCAGACCACUGCCCUCCCCACCCCCACACCUAAAAAUUCAGAUAGGUCACAGAAAUUCCACUUGUGUCACACAAUCUGCAUUAGCGAGCCAAGGAGAUGAUUUUUCAUGCUCCCAGCCCCCUCCUCCCUGAGACCCAGGGGGCCCCACCCCAGCCCCUUCCACCUGGGUCCCAGUUAAUCGGGUCCUCAUCUCCCUCAUCCCCCAGACCCAGGAGGCCAGGCCCCCGACUCAAAGGACCCCCAGAUUGCAUCAUCUGUCCGGGCCGCCCUGGCCACGGUGGAAUCCUAUCUCCCGCCAAGCGGGUCAAAUAUCAUGAGUCAGGCGUGGGGAGGGUGACAGGGCGGGCCUGUCUGGGUAUAAAUUCUGGAGCUUCUGCAUCUCUCCCAAGAGCCUGGGGUGUCCUGUCAGCUGGGGAUCACGAGCAAGAGGACCCAGGCAUUCAGGCCACCGGAGCAGCAACCUGCCAGUCUGCCGUCCUGGACAAGCGGAUCUGGAACUGAUUCUAGAUCCUUCAGCGUCUCCGGCCUCCCACCCCUGCAACCGCCUGAGGACUGAGCCAUUCAUUGAUGGGCUGGGACGAGGCCGGCGCCGGGUUCGAGCACCCAGGACUGUGGUUUCCCAUGCUGGGUGUCCUGCUGCUGGGAGCCUGCCAGGCGUACCCCAUCCCUGACUCCAGCCCCCUCCUCCAAUUUGGCGGCCAAGUCCGGCAGCGGCACCUCUACACAGACGAUAUCCAGGAGACAGAAGCCCACCUGGAGAUCAGGGCGGACGGCACAGUGGUGGGGGCCGCCCGACAGAGCCCUGAGAGUCUCUUGGAGCUGAAAGCCUUAAAGCCAGGGGUCAUUCAAAUCUUGGGAGUCAAGACCUCCAGGUUCCUGUGCCAGAGGCCAGACGGGGCCCUGUAUGGAUCACUCCACUUUGACCCCGAGGCCUGCAGCUUCCGGGAGCUGCUUCUUGAGGAUGGAUACAACGUCUACUGGUCCGAGACCUACGGCCUCCCACUGCACCUGCCUUCCCCCAGUUCGCCAUACCGGGACCUGGGGCCCCGGGGACCAGUCCGCUUCCUGCCGCUGCCAGGCCUGCCCCCAGCACCCCCGGACCCGCCAGGGAUUUUGGCCCCGGAGCCCCCGGAUGUGGGCUCCUCGGACCCUCUGAGCAUGGUGGGGCCUUCGCAGGGCCGAAGUCCCAGCUAUGCUUCCUGAAGCCGCAGGCUGUUUGUUACUGGGUCUCCUCUUUAUUUAUUGAGUUAUUUAUCUUAUUUAUUUUUUUAUUUUUCUUACUUGAGAUAAUAAAGUGUCUUGAGAGAGGA